CCCUUCCUGACACAUUCUCCCCUUACUACACAGGUGAAAAUAGCUGCAAUUCCACAGACAAGCUUCGCUCCAAAAGGGCUUGUGUGUUUGGCCACAACACCACGUAUCCACCAUCUUAUUUUUCUUUUAUUAAUUUUUAAUCCUUUUGCAAAUACCUCAGUGUUAACUGCUGCCAAGUCCAACGCUACCCCUUGGAACCAGAAGAAGCCCAAGCAGUAUUGCAAAUCUCCUACCUCCACACCUGCUGGAACCAACUGGAGAAGAACCUUUCUGAGCUCUCUGUGCCUUUCAGGCAGGCAGGGCGGGGCAUGGCUUGAAGGCAGAGCCACCAAUAAAAGCCUCCCCAGAGGCUGCUAUGCACCUCUCUGACCCUAUCGAGCUCCUCCGCUCAAAAAAAAAGCUGUGCUCGUCAGUGGCCAGCUCUGGACACAGAUUAACCACCACUCCGUGCUGGCCCGCACAGUCCCACGCCAGGACUCCCUCCGCCCUCCCUGCCUCCCCCUCAGCUGUGGCCGGCAGCUGCCCAGGGCUGCUCCAGCUCCCCAGCUCUGCCCUUUCACAACACGAGGCUUCGGCUACAGGGACAGCAGCUUCCCUCCACCCUGCUGCAGCGACAGCAACAGCUCUGCUAAGACCACAUGGCCACUUCUGGAAAGGUUAUCAGAUGCAGAGCUGCUGUUGCCUGGGCUGUAGGCAAACCACUGUCUAUUGAAGAGGUGGAGGUUGCACCUCCAAAGGCAGGUGAAGUCCGUGUCAAGAUUGUGGCCACAGGCAUCUGUCGCACCGAUGACCAUGUUUUGCAAGGUUGUUUUCCUAACAUGAAUUUCCCAGUUAUCCCAGGCCAUGAAGGAGCUGGGAUUGUGGAAAGUGUUGGAGAAGGAGUGAGCUCUGUGAAACCAGGUGACAAGGUUAUCCCUGUUUGCCUUCCACAGUGUGGGGAAUGCAGCUUCUGCCUGAAUCCUGAAUCCAAUUACUGCCUGAAGACCCACUUCUCUGAAUCACAAUGCCUGCUGCCUGACAAGACCAGCCGGUUCACUUGCAAGGGCAAGCAGAUCCACCACUUCUUGUGGGUCAGCACCUUUGCAGAAUACACCGUGAUCCCAGAGUACACCGUUGCCAAGAUAGAUGCUGCUGCACCUCUGGACAAAGUCUGCUUGCUUGGCUGUGGGUUUUCCACAGGCUACGGAGCUGCCAUCAACACUGCCAAGGUAAAACCAGGCUCCACCUGUGCUGUCUUUGGUGUUGGAGGAGUUGGCCUCCCUGUUGUCAUGGGCUGCAAGGCGGCUGGAGCUUCCCGCAUCAUUGCCGUUGAUAUCAACAAGGACAAGUUGGCCAAGGCCAAGGAGCUGGGAGCCACCGACUGCAUUAGUCCUCAAGACUUCAAGAAGCCCAUCCAGGAAGUGAUCACUGAGAUGACCGGCCAUGGUGUGGACUACUCCUUUGAGGUCAUUGGGCAUGCAGAUACCAUGAUUGCUGCCCUGGCUUCCUGCAAUAUAAACACUGGUGUCUUUGUGAUGAUUGGGGAAGUGGAUGCUGGUUCAUCAGUUUCCGUUGAUCCUACGCUUCUGCUGACUGGGCGUACAUGGAAGGGGUCACUGCUUGGAGCAUUCGCAGCAUCCUGCUCUUUUGAAGGACACAGGAGGCCUAGUGGAGGGAGAGAGCAGCAGACCACCUCCAUUCUUGCCCAGCACUUCACGUUGUGGGGUGUGAGAAGACAAGAGCGAGGAACUUGCCAGUGUUGGUGCCACUGUCAGUGCUUCCAUGCCCUGCCAAGAUCCAGGACAUCACUCCCAAAAAACACUUUUACCAAUAAAGGUUCAAACUUGUGCCAUGCAGUGCACUCAGUCAACAGAGGUUCUGUGGGGCAGGAGGAGCCUCAUACCACUCUCCCAUCACACCUCUUGUCUCACCAAGCAAGCAACAGCCUUUGCCUCCUCCAUUGCUGCUGCUUCCCACCUCACCUGCCUUACACACAUCUCUGCCCCCAUCUCAGCUUUGUGAAUGCUGCUACCUCAACUAAAAUACGGGAAGGAAGCCACAGCUGUAGCUGCUGAUCUGUGGUUCUCUGGUCUCUGUCUCAGGACCACAAUGUGUUUUGCUACAAGAGGUUAUCCUGUGGUAAAACCUGUCACUAUAGCACCCUUCAUUUAAACAUGAGGUUUUCUUAUCACAUUACUUUUUCCUAUUCUCUCCUAAUUUUCCCUUCUUCAAUUAAUAUUUGUUCUGUUUACAUUCUCUGGGCUCUUGAGCUCAGUCUGGUGGCUUUUCUCCUGACCUAGUCUUGUUCUUGAUAACAACCUCAGAGAAAUUUACAGAUUGGAAUUGGGAAAAGAAAUUACAGGCGCAUUUAUAUCCCAUGAUAUGUAAAUGUGUGUACUAGAGGUACUAUACCUAGACUUUCAGAAAGUAAAAAGCAAAAUUCCUUCUUACGUUGCAGGAGUGCAAUUCUGUAGGAGCUACCAGAGUCACAGCUGCUCUGGCAACUAAAUUGGUUCUGUGGACAAAAGGAAACGCAAGUAUAUUUUCCUUAUGAGUCCCUUCUAACUUGAGAUAGUCUAGGUUUUCAUGAUUCUAUGAUAGCAACAACCCAAAAUUAGCAAUUGCUGUAAGAUUUCUCUUCUCUAUUUUAAACAGGUUUUCUCCCUCAGCCAUUCACUAAGGUGAAUAGAAUCACUUAUAGGCUCAGAUGUACUGCACUUGCAUCUCACAUUCAAACAGAGCAGUGCCGCCUGGCGGUUUCCCGUUCCUGCUGUCCCGGCGCCCCGCCGGCCCGCUCCCGAGCUGGCUUCUGCCUCCAGCAGCCAUCCGUGGCCGAGAUCCUGCAUCCGAGCAUCCGUGCAGGCACAGGCUCCUGCAGCCGCCAGCACUACAAAACCACUGUUAGCUCUGCCGCCAGCUGCCACGUGAACACUAACUAACUUAGUUCACUAACAUGAGUUAAAGCCACUUUCCAGUAGCUUGGAGAUUCUACUGCCCCUUUGGUAACAUUCAAGAGCUGGGCAGGAUUCCAAACUUCAGCAGAUAAGAGAGCUCCUGAAACUCUGCUUGAUUCCUAAUACAUUGUUGCUUUCACAGCUGACCAAAUGAUUUUGUUUAAAAGACUAGCAAAGGCAUUAUACAUACUAGAAGAAAAUGCUGUCAAGCACAACCAAGAAGGUGCCAGCAUAAGUCUUCACCCACUUUUAUCUUUACUGUUUCCCUUGCAUAGGUAGUUUAAUACUAACAUAUUAGAAUCAGCACAUUUUGUGGUUUAUUUUCAAUGAAAGCAAUUACCUGUGAAUAUUUAAUCACAAACACCCCAAAUGACUUAUUUCUGUAUCUAAAAUAUUAAAAACCUUUCAGUA